AUGGAUUUCGCCGCGCUCAUGUCCAAAGAGAUCUCCAAGGCCAAAGGCCCGGCCACCUCCAAAGCAUCUGCGGCAAGCAAAGAGAAAGAUACACCCGCCGAACCAUCAAAGAAGUAUUUGCGCCGUGGAGAACUCGAAGCCGCGCGUGUCGCAGCAUACAACGAGGAGCAGGAACGGUUACAGCGCGAACGCGAAGAGCGCCUAAGUACGAAACGCAAGCUCGAGGAGGAAGAAGCAGAGCGAAAACUGGAGCGAGAGGAGAAGAAGCGCAGGCUUGCAGAAGAAUCCAAGAAAAGAAAGGAAGAGGAAGAAGAUAAAAAGGAACGCGAGAGGCGACGGAGACUGGGUCUACCCGAAUUACCAGCCAAGAGCGACGGCGAGACACCUGCCAGCGAAGAUGCAGAUGAAGAGGAUAUCGACGAGGAGGAACUUAUCAAGAAGCUCCGGGAGCUCGAUGAGCCUGCUCGGAUGUUCGGCGAGAACCAUCGUGCUCGACUCCGUCGGUACCGCCGGUUGGUGAAGCGCGCUGCUACGUUGCAGAAGCUGUCGGAUGGCCCGAUCCCCACGAUUCUGGAGCCCGUUCCCGGUAGCCAGAUGAUUAUUGAAGCCAAACCUCCAAAGGAUCAGGAUGGACGACAGUUCCUGUUCCGACAACUGGCAUCCUACUUCAAUAUGGUUUUGUCCGAAUGGGAGCUGGCAUUGGCCAAGCGUGAUGUGACCGUACGACAAAGCUUCCAAGGAAAGCAGGCAUAUAAUGCCAUGGUUCAGUCUCGAGAGAACAUGAAGCCGCUCUUCCGCCGGUUUGAGAAAGGAGACUUGGAGGAUGGACUGUUGGAACCGAUUGUUGAGAUCGUGCACAAAGCCCAGCAACGGAGAUACGUCGACGCUAAUGAUGCCUAUCUUCGAGUGAGCAUUGGAAAAGCUGCCUGGCCCAUCGGUGUGACCAUGGUUGGUAUUCACGAACGAUCUGCUCGCGAAAAGCUACACCAAAGCGAUCAACAAGCCCACAUCCUCAGUGACGAGGCUACGCGGAAAUACUUGCAGAGUAUCAAACGCUGUCUUAGCUUUGCACAGGUGCGCUGGCCUCCGGAGGAUCAGUUGCAGAUUAUGGGCUAG